AUUCCGCUGAAAAAAGAGAGAAGAAACAGAGAUAAAGUCUUCGACGGGUCAUAGUCGCCUGGCAGAAGACAACCCAGUUGAAUUUCAAUGGACGAAAAACCUAUGAAACCCUAAGCUGUCCUUACCGGUCCCUCCCCGACGUCCAAAACACAUUUGUGUUCUCGCCUCCUCGUGAACGCAAAACCAAAGUCAAUCACCGGAACAGAUAUCAAUAGUUCGUUCUUUCCGCUCCCAGAUCUCGUCUGUACAGAUCUGAUGCCAAGAAGAUUAGAUGUUGCCUGUUUGUAUAGAAGCUGUAUUUUUCAGCACUGAAACUUGUGACACAUGUUUGAUGGAUAAUGACUAUUCUGAUGGAUAAUUCUUUGGAUCUUUCAUCAAGGGAGCGUGCUCAGCGGCUUUACAACAAGAAUGUUGAGUUGGAGAGUAGGCGCAGGAGGUCAGUCCAUGCAAGAAUUCCUUCGGAUCCCAAUGCAUGGCAACAGAUGCGGGAGAACUAUGAAGCAAUAAUCCUUGAAGACCAUGCAUUUUCUGAACAACAUGAAAUAGAGUAUGCUCUAUGGCAAUUGCAUUAUAAGCGAAUUGAGGAGCUACGUGCACACUUCACUACUGCUCUAGCCUCGACAGGUCCAAAUGCAUCUCAGAGCGGGAAAAGCUCUAGUUCUACACGACUGGACCGAAUUACAAAAAUUCGUUCUCAGUUUAAAGCCUUCCUUUCUGAAGCAACUGGAUUUUAUCAUGAUCUAAUGCUGAAAAUCAGAGCGAAAUAUGGUCUACCUCUUGGAUAUUUCUCAGAUGAUUCCGAGAAUCAGAUGGUUAUGGCAAAAGAUGGAAAUAAGUCUGCUGAGACAAAGAAAGGCCUGAUUUCUUGCCACCGUUGCCUGAUUUACCUAGGUGACCUUGCCCGAUAUAAAGGCUUAUAUGGGGAAGGUGAUUCCAAAGUUAGAGAUUUUGCAGCUGCAUCAAGUUACUACAUGCAAGCCUCUUCACUUUGGCCUUCAAGUGGCAACCCUCAUCAUCAGCUUGCGAUUCUGGCCUCCUAUUCGGGAGAUGAAUUGUUGGCAAUUUACCGCUAUUUUCGGAGUUUGGCAGUUGAGAGCCCUUUUUCUACAGCAAGGGACAACUUGAUUAUUGCGUUUGAGAAGAACCGUCAGAGUUAUUCCCAGCUUCAUAGUGAGGUCAAGUCUUCUCCAGUUAAAUCUGCACCCAUUCGAAUGACUGGGAAAGCAAGAGGAAAAGUUGGGGCGAAACUUCCCUUUAAAGAGAAUAAAACAGAAGCCAGUUCUAUAGAGGAACGGUCAUCCAGCACAUCUGAAACUUUCAAAGCCUUCAGCAUUCGAUUUGUCCGACUAAAUGGAAUCCUUUUUACACGUACAAGUCUGGAGACAUUUGGAGAAGUUUUCUCUAUGGUUAGGGAUGAUUUGCUUGAGCUUCUUUCCUCUGGGCCAGAAGAGGAGUACAAUUUCAGUUCUAGUGCCACAGAGAGUGGAUUACUGAUUGUAAGGCUUAUAGCCAUUCUUAUAUUCACAAUUCACAAUGUGAAUAGGGAAACUGAAAAUCAGUCAUAUGCUGAAAUUUUACAACGUUCAGUUCUCCUUCAGAAUGCAUUUACUGCCAUCUUUGAGUUUAUGGGGCACAUUAUUGAGAGAUGCAUACAGUUGCAUGAUCCUUCAGUUAGCUAUCUAUUGCCUGGAGUGUUGGUUUUUGUAGAAUGGUUAGCCUGUCAUCCAGAUAUUGCUGCUGGAAAAGAAGUGGAAGAGAAACAGGCUUCAGCUAGGUCGUUCUUUUGGAACCAUUGUGUCAACUACUUGAACAAGCUCUUGUUGAGUGGGUUGAUGUUCACAAAUGAGGAUGAAGAUGAAAGUUGUUUCUUCAAUACGAGUACGUAUGAAGUAGAAACUGCCAACCGGCUUGCAUUAAUGGAGGAUUUUGAAUUGAGAGGAUUUCUGCCUCUUCUUCCUGCACAACUUAUUCUUGAUUUCUCCAGGAAGCAUUCUUUAGGAAGUGAUGGUACGAUCAAGGAGCAAAAAGCCCGCAUUCAGAGGAUUAUAGCAGCUGGGAAGGCUCUUGUGAAUGUUGUUCAGGUUGGGCAACAGGGAAUAUAUUUUGAUCGGAAGAUGAUGAAGUUUUCUAUUGGUGCUGAUCCUGAAAUUUCAAAUGAUGUUGUGCUCACUAGUCCUUUGGAAGUGCCUGCAAUAAAUGGUAUGGGCCAAAAACAUCCCACAGAGAAAAAAGUGAAUUUGGGAGUUUUGCUGCCAAAAGGACAGCAGCUACAUGUUGAAGGUGAAGACGAGGAUGAGGUUAUUGUCUUCAAACCAUCAAUGACUGAAAAGCAAGCUGAUAUGAAUGCCUCGGGUGGUGAGUUUGGAAGUUAUGUUGGGUCAUUGUCAGAGCUACAUGAUGGCAAGCAAGUACGAAAUGCUUUUGAUUUGAAUUCAAGGCCACCUACAUCCGUUAAUGUUGUUUCCCAUCAGCUGCAACCAAUCCAACCAAGUAUAGGUACAUCGAAGUGGCUGGUGGAACAAGCAGCUUCCGUUGCCACUAGUUCGAACAAUUUGAGCUUUGUGGAGAAUGGACUCCCUAUGAAACCAGAGUCAGACGGAUUAGGAGUAUUGGAUCCUGCUCCAUUUCUUUUUCCACAUUCUUUUAGUCCCAGUGCAGGCACUGUGUAUUCUAGUCAGGUCCCUGAAACAGUAAUACCAUCUAAGUUUGAUUCAAUUAUGUUUUCUGGACCCAGUUUUGAUACUCUGCCUGCUGUGUCAUCUUCCACCAUGCUGGCAAGUGCAAGGAAGAAUCCAGUGAGCCGACCAGUUAGGCACUUUGGUCCGCCACCUGGAUUCAGCCCUGUUCCUCCGCAACAGAUUGAUGAGUCCUCACCAGCUCUUUCAAAGAGUGAGAAUCCACUGUUGGAUGAUUAUAGUUGGUUAGAUGGCUAUCAGUUGCCUUCAUCAAUUGAAGCCACUGGUUUCAAGAAUCACAACCAGCCGGCAAAAACAUACCACCAUGCUAACAGCAAUAGUUUAGCAGGAACCCUAUGCUUUCCGUUCCCUGGAAAACAAGUUCCAACUACACAGGUCCAUGUUGAAAACCAGAAAUGGCAGGAUUAUCAGUUUCUUAACCAUCAGAAAUUACACCAGGAGCAGCAGCUGCAGCUGCAGCAGCAACUUCAGAAAGGAAGUCAGCCAUUUACCCCGCUGCUGGAGCAUCAGGGACAGCCUCUUUGGGAAGGUCGUUUCUUUGUGUGAUAUCGUUAUGACAACGUAAAUGGCGUCUGUUUUGAGAAUCCUCUGGCCUGGUGCUGCCAGUUCAGCCUCUGCCUUUGCAUCCUGCCAAUGUUAAUUCAAUUUUUGUUCAAGCAUGGAUGGUAUCAGUGUGUUGCAGACACCAGCUCGUGAACAGGUCUCUCUCUCUCUCUCGUACACGCGUUUUAUUAUUCUCAAUUUAUUUCCUUCAUCACCAGUGUUAUACCAAAAGUAGUUUUGCACUUAAUGUGUCAUUGCUUACAUUACAUUGUUAUGCCUUAGUUUACUGCUUGCUUUCAUGGUUGGAUGCAUAUUGUAUUAUAGUUGAAAUUUCCUGACAUUCUGUUCCUUACGUAAGAGAAAGUGUUGGAAUCAAAUCCAAUUGGGUAAAAUCAAGUUUGCAUUUGUUCUCUGUAUAUUUAAAUUUUGGUUUUGGCCCAAACAUUUUGCAAAUAUAAACAUAUCUCACAUUUUUUUAUGAGGUUGCUAAAUGGUUUUAUGGAGUUGUUUUCAACCUGUAUAUUUAAUAAUUUUUGGCCUUUUAAAUGUUUCUCAUGUUCUGUCUGAAGUAUUUGUAAGUUAUGUUUGACAUUAGAGCUGGAGAUUUCUGUUUGGUAUCAUUGCUGUUUUCUAUUUUUUUUUCUUUUUUUGUACAGUGAAAUUACAGACUAUAAAAACGCAUUUGUUCAUGUUGUUAGUUUUCUAUAUCUGUUGCCGGUUUUCAGCAGUUCGCGAAAAAACUGAAAAACAGGUUUUAUGGUAUUCAAUUGUUUUGCAUCUUGUUGCCAGAAAUUUAAAUAGCUAGAAAUAUUUUUUUUGGAUUAAAUCAUUUAUUUUAUAUACUUUGAAAUUCAAAUUAAAAAAUAAAACGAUAAUAUGAAUUUAAAUAUAAUUAAAAUAAAAAAAUACAUAAAUUUCACAAAAAAAAAUAAAGUCAAUUACAAAAUAUUUUUACUAUUUUUUAAUUAUCAAGUAAAAUUUGAAAGUAUAACAAUUAAGUAAAACAAUUAUAAUAAUUUUUAUUUUUAUUAUAAUAUUUUUUAAAUAUGUAUUAUUUAUAAUUUUAUUAUUUGAUCAUAUUUUUAUACUAUUAUUUGAUUAAAAAAUGAAAAGAGCAUUUUUUUAAUUAAGUUUUUAAUUUGUGUUAGUUUUAUAAAUGUUGACCAAAUAGGUGGUUGUUUUCUGGUAUUUAGUUUCUAUUGUGGUUUUUGGUUUUCAUUUUUGGUUUUUGUUUCUUUAAUUUUUAAUAGUACCAAAUGGCAGCCCCUUAAGCAUUGCUUUAAAUUUUAUUUUAUUUGGAUAAAAUAAGAGAUUUUAUUAAAGAGGACAAGGAUUAAAAGGAGCAUAAAAAAUCGUCCUUAGAAGAUAAACAAACAGAAAAGCAAAGGAAAUCAAACCAGCACUGCUUGCCGAUCACGUUGUAAAUCUGAAAAGAAACUUCACUUGAAACAGCCUGCUGCAAAAGCCCAUUAUGAGGCCUUAUGUUGAAUCCUAUUCCAAAGCAAAGAUGAAGACACCCACUAUCCUUUGAAAAUGUGGGCAUUUCUCUCCAACCAUAACUCCUGCAAAACAGCAAAAAUUGCGCACCUCCACAAAGCUGACCCAUCUUUACCCCUUCCAGAACCUGAAAAUGAGAUGGCCAAAAAAUCCUCCACCAACUCCAAACACACCCAACUCUGCCCAAAUAAAAAGAUUAUUCCAUAUGCUCUAAGAAGAGGAACGAUGGAGGAAGAUGUUGAGAUGCAGAUUCUGAAGUAUCAAAACAAAUCAAAAAAAAUCUGCAGGCAAGUCUUGAAAGGCCUUCUAUUCUGCAACUGAGUGUCAGUGUUAACUCUAUUAAGAGCAACUAACCAAAUAAAAAUCUUACAUCUUUUGAGGGGAUGUUGGCUUUCAAACUAGAACUAUGGAGGACCUGUUUAUAUGGGUCAGACUUAUAAGAGUACUCCCUCGAAGAAUAAAAAAUCCCUGAACAAAUGUCCUCCCUCCUAUCAGAAGGAAGAUGACCCUCCAACUAACAUAAUAAUGAUUGAGCUACAACAUCUCACUUCCAUUGAGAACCCUAUGAAAAUGGGAAUCCCAUGAGAAAUUCUCCAUGUUUUAAAUGAAAAAUGAAGAAAUAGUUUCAUUUUGUAAAGAGGGCAGUUUAUAGUCUAUACAUAUGAGGCAAAGAAGUGCAAAGCGAAGAAUCCCCUAGGUGGAUGAGAAGUGCAAAUAGGUUCAUUUCACAUUUGGUUUUGCUUUAAAUUUUAAAAUUUGGGCCAUAGGGUCGCAAAGUAUAACUUCCUAUACUUAAAAUUUGAUUCAACUCUUAUUUAGAUUCAUGGAAGAGCAAUGUGUACAUCUCAGUUUAAUUAUGCACCCAGAAGACAAAGCUUCCUCAACCUCAACUGAUUGGGAAUAUCUCUUUACUUUCCCUAUUGUCUGUUUGUGGCUUGGCUAGUUCAUGUGCACUACUUUAUAUCAAGAUUUUCCUCUGUUGGCACUGCUUUUACCAUCUCACGGUAGAUGGUAUCUUUUUAACAGUUGAUGCUCUAUUUAUUCUCUACUGGUUUCAUGUGUGCGCGCUUAAGCCCAGUCCUCUGAAUUGGCUUUAAUUUUAUUAUUAUUUUUUAAAAAUAUGCUUAGUUUCAAGCCCUUUCUAAUAUGUCUAUUUUUUCAAAAAUAUUUUAUUGACUUACUAUUUAUAUCAAUUGUUUGAAUUUAUAAAGCUUGUACUUGUUCAUCUAGAAUUUCUCAAUUUCAUCUAAAGCUUUGGGGAUGUUUUAUCUCAAAAAUUGCGUGUAAUUUUGUGAAGUGACUGAUAUUUUCACCUCUUUUUUGGUCACAUAAUUGUAAGCCAGGGUGACUUUGCUGCUGUGCAUGAGCUGUGUCUUCCAUGUUUUUGGUAUGGGGGGUUAUACUUCUGAGAACUUGAAUGCCGUCUUACAUUCAGUAUAUUCAGAUUACAUUGCACUAAAGUUCGCUUGUUAUUCUUACAGCUUGUGUUGAGCUUUCCAGGCCGGCAGAUGGAGAUUAUCAGAGGAAUGAGUAUUCGAACUGGGAAAUUUGGUGGGCGAAGCACAUUGUGUGGCUGGUUGGGAUUGGCAAAUAGCGUUCGAGGAGGUAUCUGAUGGCGAUUUGUCUUAUGUUUGAAGUUGGGUGGAAUGAAGAGAAGUGCUAGCUAUUGUUCUUUACCAUAAAGGCAGAAAUAUCUGUCAGAAGUGAAUGUUAGUAGUCCAUUGCUAUAAAUUGCAUAAUCUGUGAUAGCAGGCAGCUGAAUAAAUUAAGGUAGAUGGAUGUAUGGGCAGUUUGUGAGGGCUGCCUACAAGCUUCAAGCGAUCAGAGUUUGAUAUAGUUAUGAAGAAGGGUUUGAUUUAGGCUUAUAUUAUGGUGGUUAGAUAAUAAGUAUGCGAGGAAAGACACAUUUGGGUACAUGUAAUCCAAUGUCAAUGACUUUUGUUUAUGGUGUUUCAGUGAGAUUGGAAACCUGUUCUAUGUUGCGGAUACUGCAGUACGUGUGGGUAAGCUGGAAAGCUGUUCGUUUGGUUUUUGAACUUGCUUCCUCUUUCUUUAUUCCUCCAUUGUGUGAAUGCGGUUAUAACAAGUAACCUGUAUUUCUAGCUUUAUUGGUUGACUUUUCUUUCUGCUUUUUCCCAUUUUCAGUUAUUGAAAAUUACAAGUCUAGCCCCAUGUGUGAAUUUGCAUGUUUGGGACAUUCUUAAAGUGUGCCCCCUAUUGAUUUCCUUCCCUUUAAUUGGAACGGUGAGAUGUAUUUGUGUCCUUACUUUAGAAUGCACGUCAGGCUGAAUGCUUGUGUUGAUCUGUUGAUAUUUAAA